AUGAGACCAAUCAUAAUACCAAAUAUUCCACAAAAUAUAUCCCACAAAAUAUAUCCUCAAUACGAUGCUUGUCGUGUCGCGACUCUCUCUUCGAAUUUCAAUGAAGCGGCCAACUCUAACGUUGUUUGGAAUCGUUUUCUGCCGUCCGAUUAUCGUGAAAUGAUCUUACGGUCAUCCAACAUUGAUGAUGUUCAUAUGUUGGAUACUCUCUCGAAGAAGGAACUCUUUAUGUAUCUCGCUGAUAAUUCUCUUCUCAUCGACGAAGGAUUGAUGAGCUUUUCACUGGAAAAAUCAACCGGCAAAAAGUGUUACACACUAGCUGCAAGGAAGCUAGACAUAACAUGGGGUGAUACACCAACUUACUGGCAAUGGCUUGCCCAUUUGGAGCCUCAAUCGAGGUUUGCUGAAGUAGCAAGGCUUGAAUAUGUAUGGUGGUUAGAAAUUAAUGCGAGAAUCACAACAUCAAUGUUAUCUCCAAACACAAGGUAUGGUGCAUACCUUGUGUUCGACGUUACGAGUAACGUUUGGGAAUUCUACGAUCUUCCCAUUGAUGUCGCGGUUGAAACUUCUGGAGGCGAAGAAGUGGUGACCGGGAGGGUCUACUUAGACCCACGUCGUGCAGGUAUAUUUGACCGCGAGUAUGAUCUAGUUGCAUCAUUCGACGAUGAAGGGCCAGAAGAGAAUGUUAAGCUUCCAAACAAGAGGAAAGAUGGGUGGCUUGAAGUCGAAAUUGGUGAGUUUUUUACUAGAGAAGAAGAUGAACGUGUGACGUUUUCGCUAAUGGAGGUUAAGGCUGGGAUUGCUAAAGGUGGUUUAGUUGUUGAAGGAAUUGAGAUUAGGCCAAUAAUCGAGUAAUGGUUUAUGUUAAUCGAAAAUAAUGUACCAAUGAACAGAUGAUACAUUGGUUUCAAUAAUAAUAAUAAUAAUAAUA